UAUAUAAUAACAUAUCUGGUCUACUUAUGUUCAGGUUUUCAAGUGGACUGCCUUCCAGCAUCAGAGCCAUGAUUUAUUACUUACUAAGAUGGGUUGCCUUUUUCUGGAUUGUGAACUCAGUUCCUCGCACUGCUGGAAUGGCAGUGAGUGAACGAACAGAUGGCUCGUGUCCCCCUCUGACUGUAGAAGACCACAGGUUUUCUGAUAGUUUAGAUCGUCCCCUGGAAAUCACAGGAUUUGAUCUCACUGAAAAAUUCCUUCUACGAAAAGGAACAGUCACAGAAGACUUGCCAUCGUUUCGAUUAGGGAGCAGUCCGCUCAUCAAGCCAACAAAAUUAAUAUUUCCUGACGGGUUCUCGAGUGAGUACUCCCUUGUGUCCAUCUUCCGGGUGAGGCGGACUACGAAAAAAGACCGUUGGUAUCUUUGGCAGAUUUUCGACAAGUCAAGAAGCAGUCAGGUAUCUGUUGUGGUAGAUGGUGAUAAGAAGGUGGUGGAGUUUUCUUACCAAACCCUGCUGAAGACCUCCCUCCGCUACACAUUCAAGAGCCGUGACCUGCAUGCCCUCUUUGAUCGCAUGUGGCACAAGCUUAGCAUAUCUGUACAGAGCAACUCCAUCUCCCUUUACAUGGACUGCACUCUAUUAGAAAGGAAAGCGAGUGAUGAGAAGGACAGCAUCGACUUCAGUGGAUACACACUGAUCACUACACGAGUGGAGGAUGGAAAGCCCGUCGAUAUUGAACUGAAAAAAAUUGUCAUUUACUGUGACCCCUACAUGGCUGAGAUGGAAAAUUGUUGUGAACUGGUUGAAAAUAAGUGUGGUGUCAAGAAGACAGUUAAUGGGACAUCCCCUCCUCCAGCUACAGUCCAGAGUCCCCUGAUGCUGUCUCAGCCAGUCUCACAGUCCAUUGACAGAUGUCACUGUCCAGCUGAAAAGGUACGAUCGAUUCCUCCCAACAAGGGCCUCUGA